GGGAUAGAUUGGUUUUCCCUCUCUCCUCUCCCUGGCAAACCCCACUCUGGUUGCCUUUAGGCUCACAAACUUCUAUUCCCUCAGAGACUUGUUGAAACAAAGUAUAAUACAGACAGCUUCUCCCUCUCUGAGGAGAGAAAUAUAACUUCCCUCCCCCCAAACUUCAAGUCUCCCUACUUGGAUACUAAGAAGCAGGCACUUGAUCUUAUGAACAGCUAUUUAUUCUAAGGGAACAAUUGAAGGGUAGGGCAAUUGAAUUGAGGAAUGAGGUACUGAGAAAUAGGGAGUGGGAGGUCCCUAGAAGUAACUGAACCCCUUCUCCCCAAGUCUGACAGGGUCAGGCUUUGACCCUCUGAGGUCAGUUGUGGAGAUGUCCUGACUUUCUAGCUGUUCUAGCUAUUGUAACAAGUUCAAGGACUUUUAGGGAAUUUGGAGGAGAUCUUCUUAUGGUGAAUGGCUUUUAGCAAAGUCCUAUUCACUCUGCUUGUCUUCUCUGGAUAAUGGGUUAGAAGUCAUAGGAGGAUGGUACUGGCUCAGAGAUCUGCUCAGGUCAACCUUUCAGACACAGCCAAACUUGGAAUGCUUCCUGGGGAGUGGCCCUGCUCGUCUUAUUCCUCAGCCAAAGUGGGGGACUGCCUGAAAAAGGACAUGCUGCCUUUGGGACCCAAGCUUCUGCUGUGCCUCAUUGUACUCUUCAUCCCCUCUGAUUGGAUUCUAUUAGGGGUCAAUGGUCAGCGAGGAGAUGAUACAUCUCAAGAGACAUUUACAGAUGAUCCUAUUCUUGUUGAUGUUGGGCCUUCCAUGGAUGAUCAGGCCAACUCCAGUGACAAAAAUGCCAGCGCAGAGUGCCGGGAGGAGCAGUUUCCCUGUACACGUUUGUACUCAGUCCAUCGGCCAGUGAAACAGUGUAUCCAUCAGCUGUGCAUCGUCAAUGUUCGCCGGAUGUAUAUCAUCAAUAAUGAAAUCUGCUCCAGGCUCAUCUGUAAAGAACAUGAGGUUAUGAAAGAUGAACUUUGCCGUCAGAUAGCAGGCCUUCCUCCAAGACGUCUCCAACGUUCCAACUAUUUCCGCCUUCCCCUUUGUGAUGACGUGGACUUGCAGAGGCCCAAUGGCCUGUGAUCAUUAAAGAAGAAUAGAAAAGGAGGGAGGGGGAGAGGGGAGGAGAAGGAGCCAUUUAUUUCCUAGGUCAGCUCAUCCAGAGAUAGCAAGACAUCUUGGUAUAGUUUCUCUGCUCUUUCCCAUGGCCUCCUUCCCAGAUUGCUAGUGUUGCACUCUUUCUUCAGCAUUUCAAGUGGUGCUGCCAAUCUGUAUCAGCACUGUAUUAGGGAUACCUAAUGACUAUAUAGCUGACCUGGAUUCCAGGAAGAUGGGGUGUCAAAUAGAUGACAGAUAUAGGGAGGGACUAUUCUUGGCUAAAGACUUUUGUAUAACAUACCAUUUUCAAAGAACUCUAUAAGCUUUGUUUCCCCUAUUAGCCCUCCUUCAUCUAUAUAUCUCUCCUUACACUUUUGAGUCCUCUUUUUGUCUGCUGUACUAGCCAAAGUCUUAGCAUUUGCCUAUUAAACCUUCUUUGUAGGGAGAAUGAUGGUGUUUUGCAACAUCUGGGGUCCUCAGAGAACUAUAGUUCCUCUGAGAAUAAAGGACAAAAUUUAAGGACUUUUCUUAAGUUUGGUUAUAGGUCUGAGGAGCAAACAAAAUAAGGGAUUAAAGAUCUCUCUACUAGAAAAUUCUAGAAAAAAUCAGGUAGCAUUUAUUGACUCAUUCAUUGACUCAUUCAUUCAUUCAAGCAUUUAGUGAUUAUUUUAUUGAUUUUUUUUUAUAUAACAUGGAAUCUCAUUAAUUCAAAGAACUCUAAUUAGGAUAGCUGAGCCAUUUCUAAUGAUCAGGAAACAAGCUCUUUGCCUUUGUUGACCCAUUUUCAUGACUUGUGCUAAGUCUGUGAGGAAGUACAGAAGGAAUGUGGAUUUCCAACUUGUGGUGAAGAUUUGGGAUGUUCAGCCUAUCAAAUCCUGCAAUUAGCCUAGAGAAAAACAAAACAUUAAUACUGGAAUAGAAACAAGUAGAAGUUAGUACAAUUCAGAAGAAUAGAUCUGAAGUGAGAUAAUAAAGAGGUUCAUUCUAGUAAAGAAGGUAGAGAUUGAUGUUUUAUGGUGGAAAAAUAGUUUCCUAAAGAAAAUCUUGGAAGAAUAUUUUGAUGACUUUAUACAAAUCAAUGCUUCCCAUUUGGGACACUGAUAAAUUCCACAGAGAAAGUACCAGGUACACCCCCUGAGAAGAAUGCAAUUUUUAUUGUGUUAAGAUAGUUCAUUAUAAAAAGUGAGGAAAUAGGUCAUUGUAUUGCACAAGGAGUAAGAUAUGGGCAAAGUGGGAUAUAAUUUACAUAUUAAAUUUGUAACACUGGGCCAGAGGUGUGAGUUUUGAUUUAGCAGCAGGACAUUCUACUUCCUUUUUCUUCUCUAAUUCCCAAGAUACAUAAAACUCCAACUAUUCCAUAGACUAGCAUUUGUAUUUGGGCUUGGAAAAGGGGUGUUAGAGCUGAAUUUUGCUGGAUAGAUAUUAGAUUUCUUGGGAUAGUCACUGUGAUAUAGGGAAAGGAACUGAACUAAAUUUUAGAAGACCUGUUUUCUAGUUUUGUCUCUCCAAACACCUAGCUGUGAUCAUAGACAAAUCACUAACUCAUUUUUGUCGUUUACAAAAUGAGGGAGUUAGAAGUUCCUUCCAAUUCUUUGAUUCUAUAGAUUGAAAUUUUAGUAACAAUCUCUCUUGGAGCCUAGACAUCAGCCCUGUUCUGGCUCACCCUCUUCCCCCCAAAUAGCUGUCUUCUGUUAUUUGGGAACUGUUUCACUCUAUAUUAGGACAAAUAAUGCUCUAUGUAAAGAGCAGACUCUGUAUCAUAAGGGUCAAUUUAUUUUUUAAAGGAAUUUUUUGGCUAACGAGAUGGUUUCAUUCAUUUCUAGGGAAGAGAGCUAUCAUCCAGUAAGUUGUUGGAGACCACCAAAGACUGAGACACUUUCAUGUUGUGACAUAUGUCCAUCCUUUAAGGGUUAAAUGCUUCAAUGCAUUUAAAAAUCUUUUUCCCUUAAAAAAAGCAGAAUGGGAAUCAGUAUAACUAUCAAGGGCAGUUUAAUGGGAUUUUGCACAACUAUUUUAUCUGGUGAGAUGCUAGACAGAGCCUGAAGUUCUAUUUUUCCUUUACUCAAUUCCAUUCAGCUUGUAAGGUUGAAGGUAGGCAUAUAUAUAGACAUACAUUUAAACCGUAUUCUUUAAACACUAUACAGGAACUUUAUGGAUACAAAGUUUCUGAGAGGCAUUUAAGAAUCCUUUCUAGUACUUGAACCUCUUAUUGUAUGGAGGACGAGAGGUGGCAUUCCCCUCGGGAAAGUGCCUCAAUCUUGGCAUUAUGUAUAAUGGAUAAGAAAAUUAUUAAAAGAAAACAUUUCCCUUUGUAUUGGAAA